UUGUGGGGUUAAUUUUGUUAAUCUCUGUUUACAUUCUGUUUAUGUUGUUAUGAGGAACCUUUAAUAGCAAUUUGACGCACAAAACAUCUAACACUGUCAAAAAUAUUUUGUCAUUUAGAAAGUUAUAAAAAAUAAUGAAAACAUAGUCAAGAAUAUCAACUUAAAUUUAAAAAUUAAAAUGCAAUGGAAAACUUUGUGCUGUAUGAUGAGAUAGGAAGUGGUAACCAGCGAACGGUGUACAAAGGCCGGCGAAAAGGUACCAUUGAAUACGUUGCCAUACAUUGUAUAGAGAAAAACAAACGUCAGCAAAUACAGAAUAAUGUUCGUAUAUGCCACGAGCUGGAACACAAACAUGUGGUGCAAUUUUACGAGUGGUACGAAACCAGCAAUCACUUAUGGCUUGUGGUAGAGCUAUGUACAGGUGGCUCUCUGCAAAAUGUUUUAAAAGAAGACUCAUAUCUUCCAGAAGAUACCGUAAAACAAUUUGGAAAAGAUAUAGUGGCUGGUUUAGCUUAUUUACAUUCGCUUGAUAUAAUUUAUUCAGAUUUGCGACCGUCCAAGAUUUUACUAGAUGGUGAUGGAACUUUGAAAUACAGUAAUUUUUCAUUAGCACGUGUACAAGGGCAAGCUGACAUACUUGAUCAAUUUACUGAUAGCUUGACUGGUGAGAACGAAACACCUGGCUCACCUUUCUAUAUGGCGCCUGAGGUGUUAAAAGGAGAAGUAUGUUCUAAAGAAAGCGAUCUCUGGUCGUUAGGGAUUGUGUUAUAUGAGAUGUUUACUGGUGACACUCCUUUUAAGGCAAGGCUGUUUGAGAAAAUGUGUGAGGAAGUUUUUGAGGCGAAGAUUACAUAUCCCAUGCAAGGACAAAAUGGUACGUAUAAAAAAGCAUCGGAAAACUUGUACAUGUUAAUCCAGGGUUUGUUACAGAAAGAGUCCGGCCAAAGAAUUGAUUGGCUCGAACUUUGUUUACAUCCAUUUUGGGAUGGCGAGUUAAGUUACCUCGCUGAUUCAUUUGAAAAUAUGAGAACUUCAAGAAGCGUCUUGAGUGAUACAAGUGUCGUUUCUCAAGAUGAAACGCCGGAAGAACGAUCGGCACCAGGUGUAAAUAACAGACCAGAAACAGUUCCUAAAGUUAAUUUCACUAAAAAUUUACAAACUAGAUCACUUCACGUGCCAGAUGAAAAGACUUCCGUGAUCUCAUCUGUAAAGUCUGAACGAGACGAAAGCAAGCAAGCAUGGCAAGGUGGUACGUAUAAAAUUGAACGAGGGCUUGCGGUGAUGGAUCUAACUGAAUCUACACCCACUACGACCGAAGAGAGCAACGAUAUUUCGUAUUCUAAAGCUAGAGAAACGCCACAACUCCUCCAAAGAAACACUGAGAUGGAGUUAAACCAAUCUACUGGGUCGACGGCAGAUGUUCUGCAACGUGUUGAUGGCAUGAACUUAAGUGUAAUUGAUCUUCUCUACCAUACUAGCGAUUUAAUUGUUACUCCUAUCGCAGAAAACACAAAAUUACGAAAAAUUCCCCCAUUAAAAUGGGAGGCAAGUUCACUUGGGUUUUUAUCUUUAAAUCUUGAUAAAAUAGGCGAUUAUAGUAGAGAAGAGAUAAAUAAACAAUUAACAUUGUUGUUCGCAACUUAUUCGCAACCCGCGAAAAAUUCAGCGCAAAGCAAGUCGGGAUUGCGACAGAAAAUGAAUAUACUGGCCUAUUUAAAUACGCUGUCGAAAGUAGAAGAUGUCUCGAAUGCUAUAAUUGAAGAAAAUCAUAUCCAACAUUUGUUGAGUGAUUUAAAGAUGUCUGGACAGUUCGAUCUUAAAACUAGAACAGGUAGAGUUUUAGGUGUUAUAGCUAGCUGCGUGACGUACAUAUCUCCAUCAUUUAACAUGGCUGAAGUAUUUUCUGUGGUAGCUGAUCAAAUCAAACAAAACUUUCGCAACAGUCAUCUGAAACAGUCUCUCUUACCUGCAAUAGGAGAGUUUCUUUUUUAUGCUGCUACUCAAGAAGAAAGUGAAGAUAGGGUAUUGCAAAACUGGGAGCCUUCAGGGGCUGUGUUUACGAUUAUCAACAAAUGUUUACAACAAACAGAUGAUUACGUCACAAGACUUAUCGCUGCCAAAACCAUCGAAAAUAUUGUCAGCACAACUGGAAGAUAUUGUAAAAAGUUUUUAACCAAUGAGGUUGGACUGGGUGUUUGGAAUUUGUUUAUUCACGCAGCUUCCGACAUCGAGAAAGUGACAGCGUCAUCGUGUUUAUGUCGUAUCUCCAUGCAUAGCGCGACUGUCGUCCAACAUGUAUCAGACCGAGCUGGUUUAAACAAAUUCCAAGAUGGGCUGUUUUCUGGUACGCCGAAAUCUCAACAAGCCUUUGUAACUAUCUUUGUUGCACUUUUAUCAAGUUCCAUACAUGCGAAAAGGAUUACGCAAGAUCAUAAUUUAAUUCAACAACUUAUCCACAAUCUUGAAUCAGCCUCGCCUGUGCUACGCGGGAAAAUCUACCUUCUUCUUGCUGAAAUGUGUGUUCGAUCGCAUGAUGUAUUGCUUCUGUGUUGUGAAUCGCGGUUGAUUAUGUUCAUUGAAAGAGACAGCAAGAAAGUGGCUGGCAAAGAGCACAGUGAUUUACUGGUUUAUGUGCAUCAAUGUUUGGCUAUGAUUGUGCGUACUAUUGUUGACAUACAACCACAGAUAAUUGAAGGUGUUCUGCACAUUUUGAGCAUGAUUAGUGGACGUCGUCAUCCAAACGUUGCUCAAACAAAACAACUCAAGUUGCAUCUACCUUUGUUAUCUGUCGUUCUUCACAUGGUGACCAGUUCAGUGUUUCGGAAGAGAUUUGUUGAUCGAAAAUUUAUUUAUCAUUUAGGGAGUUUGUUAAAGCAAAUAAAACAGAUGGACGAUGGUGAAAUCAAUUUAUCCGGCAGCAACACAAAACAACACGCUGAGCAGGCCACGUCAAACGUGUUUUCCAUCAUCGAAUCCAUUACUCAGCAUCCUCCAAUUCUACUGACCAACAUGGCACAUGUAGUGACGGAUAUUCUGCCUGUCCUUGCAUCGUUUGACAGCAGUGAAGAUGGAAACUUGAGGAUGUUGUCGUUAAAGUUGUUUACAGAUAUUUCAGCGUUGUGUUUAGAAAAUGAAGAGGAGGAAGAAAGAACUGGUUUUAUCAUGGAUUUACACAAGAUAUUGAUGGAGCAUUUUAUUCCCGAGCUGCAAAACCUUCUUCAAGAUCAGCAUCCGAUCCCAUCAUAUUGUUUAAAACUGUUACAUGCAUUUACCGAAAAAUUUCCUAAUGUGUUCCGGGAUUUAAUUGAAAACGAUAUAAUACAAAACUUGCUGUCCGUACUACGCAGUUACCAAGGCGCUAUAAAUAGCUCUGUUUUGCAAUGUGCUGUUGGCAUUUUGAAUAAUCUCGUCUCUAAAAACGAAGUGGAUUUUAUGCGUGCCUAUAAAAACGGAAUAAUUGAUUACGUUUCGGCAGCAUUCGUGGAAGUAGCUUCGUGUAUCGAAGAUGAUGCUAAUGUAAGCAAUGUGUCUUCAUUGUUGCUGCAAUUGUUAGAUACAUUGCAGCAUGUGUUGAGAAAUAUCGAACUUGCUGUGAAAAAUGUUCUGUCGAAUAAACCUGCGGACAAUAUGGUUAGCAAAAUCGAAGUAGAGGAUUUGUUACAAGAAAGUAAAGUUUUGUCUGAGUUAAACGGUAUUCUUCUGAAUUUGUUGGUUUAUGAUGACACAGAUGUUCAAAAGUGGGCGUGCCGUUGCUUGUACCUCUCAGCUGAAUUGUUUGGAGGGGACGUGGAAUGUUUCUCAGGAGAUAAUCUACAAUGUGUUUGUCAAUAUUUAAAACAAAGUACAGGUAAACAACAAAAAGUAAUGUUGAGGAUAUUGAAACGAUUAGUGACAUGUAAUGACGACAUUAAGACUAUCUUCAGUGGUAGUAAAGAGUUAACACAAAUGUUGUCACAGCUGGCUAAUGUUAAUUCAGAUGAGACUGAUGAGAAAGGCGUAAAAAUAAUCAGUAGAGAACUCCUCGAACUUAUCAAAUUAUAAUAAUAUGUAUUCAUGAUGUUAAUUUAUUUAUACAGUUAAAUAUAUUUCUAUUAAAUAUUAAAA